CAAUUUAUAUAUUAAUAACCGUCUAUAUUCGAUAUCACCAUAAAAUAAAUGAAUAAACAAUCAAAACUCAUAAAUUAAAUAAAUUAACAAUGGAAUUGUCAACGUUUCACUAUAACUGUGAUGAUUUUACCUUUCAAUUAAACAACAACAACACAAUCAACAGCAAGUUUGAUGAUUUAAUUGAAAACAAAUGGAAACAAGCUGAAAAAAAUUCAGUAUUUAAAUAUAAAUUAAACAUCAUCAAAUCAAAAUAUUUACAAGGAAAUUAUGGAUUUAUUGCUCAGUUAAAUCUAGACAGAGCAAAAAAUCGUCGAACUCCAGAAGACAUAACAUCAAUGAAAAAGUCAUUUGAUAAAAAUCGUUUUAAUUUUACUAAGAUUAAAAAUGAAGAAAUUUUUUUUGAUGUUGGUGAUGGUACUGGAAGUGAUGUUAUUAUUGCCAAUGUCAGUCCACUGGAGUAUGGACAUUGUCUAUUUAUUCCUGAUCGUUUCAAAGAACUUCCUCAGGUUGUUACAAAAACCAGCAUUAUCAAAGUUGUCGAAUUAUUUUUAUGCAGUCAAUCAACAUAUUUGAGACUUAUAUUUAACAGUUUAUGUGCUCAUGCAUCAGUGAAUCAUCAUCAUUGGCAUUUUUACUAUUUAAAAUACAGAAUGCUCCUUGAAAAUAUAGAAACUGACAAAUUUGCUGGACCUCUAGAAGUUUUAAAAAACUAUCCAGCAAAAGGUUUUUGUUUAAAACUUUCAUCAUUUAAUAAUGAUCCAGAAAAAUUUGCACUUAUUGGAUUUAAAAUUAUAAAUUAUCUUCAAGAUAAUGAAAUUUCUCAUAAUAUUUAUAUAACAAGAGCUUUUAAAUCAUCAACAAGUGAUAAAAUUAUUUUUGAUGAUGUUAGAAUGUAUAUUUGGGCAAGAAAAUCAAGUUUUGGAAUCAAAGAUACUACUGGAUUUAUUCCUGCUGUGUGUGAACUAUUUGGACACUUGACAAUACGAACUGAAGAGGGCUAUGACAAUUUGACUGAAAACACUGUUGCUGAAAUUCUUGAUGAUGUAACAACAGAAAUAUACAAUAAAGUCAAAGAUGAUGUAAAAAAAUUAAUAGACGAUUGUUAA